GGCUGCAUGGUGGUUUCAGAAACUGCCUACUUAAAUUUGAAAAGAACAAUGGUAGGAAAGGCUAGAUCUUCCAAUUUUACCUUAUCUGAAAAGCUUGAUUUGCUAAAGCUUGUGAAGCCAUAUGUGAAAAUUCUUGAAGAACACACUAAUAAACAUUCAGUAAUAGUGGAAAAGAAUAGAUGUUGGGAUAUCAUAGCAGUUAACUAUAAUGCAAUUGGAGUAGACCGCCCUCCACGAACAGCGCAGGGCCUACGCACCCUUUACAAAAGACUCAAAGAAUAUGCCAAACAGGAGCUAUUGCAGCAAAAAGAUACCCAAUCAGAUUUUAAAAGCAAUAUUUCUGAGCCAACCAAGAAAGUUAUGGAGAUGAUUCCCCAGAUUUCCAGUUUUUGCCUGGUAAGAGACAGGAACCACAUACAAAGUGCAAACUUGGAUGAGGAAGCACAGGCUGGUACCAGUUCUCUACAAGUAAUGUUGGAUCACCAUCCAGUUGCUAUUACAGUGGAGGUGAAGCAAGAAGAAGACAUUAAACCCCCUCCACUGGUUUUAAAUUCUGAACAGAGUUAUACUUUUGAGCAAAGAGAAGAACAUGAAUUAGCACAUCUUAUGGAAAGAUCUGUGUCGCCAUCACUUUCCUCUGUUGAUGUGAGAAUGACAUUGUCUCCAUCUUCUCUUCCAAGGAGAGAUGACUUUUUUCAUCAUGAGAAUGGAGGACACUUUAGGUCACAAUUAGGGUCUGACCCUCAGAUUCUGCAAAUGCUGAAAGAGGAGCAUCAGAUAAUUUUAGAAAAUCAAAAAAAUUUUGGAUUGUAUGUUCAGGAGAAGAGAGAUGGAUUGAAAAGAAGGCAGCAGCUAGAAGAAGAGUUGCUACAAGCAAAAAUCGAAGUGGAGAAGCUGAAAGCAAUUCGCUUACGGCAUGAUCUGCCUGAAUAUGAUAGUUUCUAAGUUUUUUUUCAGUCUCCCAAUUUGAUAAUUUUAAUUUUGGCCAAAUUACUUUCAUUUGGGAAUAUCUUAAAGCAGAAUACAUACUUAAGAAAUAUUUAGUCUCAUUUAAAAAAGCUCGACAUUUUCUAAUUAUUCAAUUUUCUUUUAAGAUAUAUUAAAACUUACUGAUUAGAUGGCAUGGUUGUGUUUUUUUGUCUUUCCUCAGUUUUUUUUUGCUAGGAGUUUAAUUGUUUGCCUUACAAAUGAUGUUAUAUUUUAAUCAUUAAAAUAUAACAUGUAAAUAUAUACACAAACAAAUAUUCUUUCAAAGCUCUGAGUCUUCAACAUUUUAAAUUAGAGCUUUGAAAGCUGUAGUAGUUUAAGGUUCAUAAGUCACUGUAAUUUAGAAGCAAUACUAGUCUAUUAACAGAAACUUGUCUUUAUGACAUUGAUUUUAAUGCUUUCAUUUUUGAAAGGAUUAAGUCCUAUGAUUUUAGUGACUAAAGGUGUUUGGAGAUUACCUUUUCCCCUACGUCUUCAAUUUAGAAGCUAAUAAAACUGAAGUCCAGGGAGAAUUCAACUUACUUGAUGUGAAAAGCUAUUUAUGGCAGAGCAAGGACCAGCACUGAAUCUUUGUAAUUUUUCUCUUUGCUGUUUCCAUAGAAGUAAAGGUCCAUUAAAAUAUCCUCCAUGUAAAAAGUGGAAGUGUUUGUUUCAUUAAAAUUGUUUUUAAAAUUGGGAGGUUAUGAAAUCAGGGGAAUUGUAUUAGUUACCCAGUCCUCCAUUUUUUUGUUUUUUUUUUUUUUUCUCCAGCAAAAUAAGAUACUCUCUUGGAGCUAUUAUAUAUCUUGGCUAUAAGAUUUAAUGUCUUAGUUCAUUUUUAAUGUCUUAUUCUGAAAAAUAUUUCACAGUAAAAAAUUUAAUGAACAAAAUUUAAAUUUUACGUAGAUUAAAAGUAGCAAAAAUAUGUUGAUGGUUUAAAUGAUGUUCUGUAAUGUGUUUUAUAAAUACUGCUAUUUGAGUAUUUAUGGAAAUAAAACAUUCAUUCUUA